AUGCACCUUCGUGUCACGGUAGAAGAAUGGGAACCGUGGGUGUGGGUGAAUGAGACAAGCGAUGGGAAAGUCGCCAUAGAGGGCCCAAUGGCGGAUGUUCUGGAGUUUCUAGCGAAGUCUGUAAACUUUACGUACACCCUAAUUGUGCCCAAAGAUCACCAGUGGGGAAUUCGUUUACCGAACGGAAGUUGGACAGGAAUGAUUGGAAUGAUGGUCCGUAACGAAGCAGAUUUUGGUUUGGGACCGUUUGCUGUAAACUAUGAUCGGAAUACAGCAGUGGAUACCACAAUACCAAUUUUUAUCGAUUACAAUACCAUUCUGGUAAAUUACAGGAAAGAUGGUCCAAGUAUUUUCAGUUAUCUUAUGGCUUUUGGAUGGGAGGUUUGGCUGGGAUUGAUAUUGUCCCUUCUAACAAUAUCUUUCAUUGCUUGCUUCUUUGACUUCGUUAUGAGCAACAACCUGAAAACAACUAGAUGGAUCAAUUCUUUUCCUAAAUAUGUGUGGAAGUUUUAUGGGAACUUGCUUUAUCAAGGAUCAUCACACGAGCAAAUCCUACACCACCAAAGGGUUCUUCAGACAUUUUGGUGGUUGACUGUAAUCGUUAUAAUGCAAAGCUUCAGUGGGCACUUGAUGGCUAUCUUAGUAAUGAAAGCAGAUGUUCAAAUAAACAAUCUGAAAGAUCUGGAAAAGUCUGGUAUCUUGCCUGGAGUUGAAAAAGGAUCGUCUUUACAUUCAAUGUUCAUG